UACUGCCGAUGAAGUAAUGAGUCACAAAUUCGCUGAGAAGUGCUGUGCCUACUUGACAAAUGGUCUACCGAACACCGAGCCCGUGAAUUGCGCAGAAUCGUGAAGAUCGUCGUUCGAUCGUGCGCGGAGUGAAAAUUCGAUCGCCAGCGACGCUGCCGGCAUACGUAUAAACAUCAGCUGCUCGGUGGAAAACCUCUUAGUUCUUCGUACGCAUCGUGCCGUAACGGUACCUCUUGCUAAACGCCCCAGGGCCGGAAACUUCCGGAUAGGAUUUGCCGGCAAAACUUUAAGCCCCCCCGUCGUGUUGUGUUUUAACGAUCGCUUGCUGUUUGCGGAUUAACUUGAUCGUUGGACCAUUGCGUUAAUCAUCGGCCACAGAAUGGACGAUUCGAUCGAUGAAGAGGUCAUUUCGGGAGCAUCCACCGUCACCGUCGAGUUCAGUGGUGGUGCGGAAACGCUCUUCGGUGGCGUGAAGGAACACGUCGUGCCGUUGGAUGGAUCGAAAAUAGUGCUGCUCGAGGAGAUGCUGCGGUGGCUGCGGGACAACCUGCUGACCGGCGAUCAGAACCUAUUCCUACAGGACAACAGCGUACGGCCAGGCAUACUCGUGAUGAUCAACGACACCGACUGGGAUCUGAUGGGCGAAACCGAGUACAUCCUGCAGCCUGGGGAUCAUAUUCUCUUCAUUUCCACCCUCCAUGGCGGAUAGGCACCGCGGGGCUGAGUGAAAACUGUGAUAAACUACUUCUACUUCUACAUCUACUACACCAACUACUACUACUACUACUCGCUACCUACAGUGCAGUGUACGGGGUUCGCGAUCGUUAAGAUUGGUUUCUUUAGUGUUAAGAAAAGGCUGCCUUCCUUAUACCUGUCCCUUCCCUCGCUUGCCACCCGGACUGUGUAUGUAUAUUAUUGUGUCAUUUCGUCAGCUUUUUGAAUGAAAUUUAUUUGCGUAAGCGAUCUGGCGAUGAAAAGCACGCACGGAAGGCGGACUACGAGAUCGUGUGCAGCUGGUGAUAACAGAAAACCGCGCAAAGUGGCCCGAGACCGACCGACCGAGAUCGUGCUGAAAAUGUGUGAAAGGGAAAGUGUUUUCAGUGGCGGAUCGUGGCGUGGAUCAAUCAGAGAUCAGAGAAGGGACGGGAUGCGAGGAGAAAGAACUCGUUUACUCGUUUGAUAUUUAAAGCUAAACAGCCGUCGCUUAAUUCCUCUGCCGCGCAGCUGCGAUUACGUGUUUUUAUUUCGAUCGCUGUUUACCCUUAAGAGACCGGCCAAGUAAAGAGUUACGGAAAAUCU